AUGUCGAAGACGGUCGUGAUCCUCGGAGGCUCCAUUGCCGGCCUCCACGUCGCCCACGCGCUCCUCAAAAAGCAGAUUAAAGAUACGAAGGUCAUCCUCGUCUCCAAGAACUCGCACUUCUACUGGAACCUGGCCUCCGUCCGUGCCAUUAUCCCCGGUCAGAUCACGGAUGAGCAGCUUUUCCAGCCGCUCCAGACCGCUCUCUCUCGGUAUCCGGCCGAGUCCUGGGAACUUGUGAUCGGCAGCGCAUCCAAGGCGGACUUCGGUGCGAAGACGGUCGAGAUCACGCUCCCCGACAACACAACCCGCGCUCUCCCCUACCAUCAACUAGUCCUCGCCACUGGCGCCCGCUCAUCUUCGCCAGACACCCCCUGGAAAUCCCCGGGCACCUACGAGGAAACCCUCGCUAGCCUCCAUGACACGGCUGCGCGGGUCACCAACGCCCAGCACAUCGUCGUCGCUGGCGCCGGAAGCACGGGUAUCGAGGUGGCCGGCGAGCUGGGCUAUGAGUAUGGCAAGACGAAGGAGAUCAUCCUGCUCUGCUCCGGCGACAAGGUCGCAGGCGGGAGCUCCCUCGCGGACGCCGCGGCCAACGAGCUGAAGAAGCUCAAUGUCACCAUCAAGUACGGCGCACACGUGCAAGAGACCCGUCCGGGUACGGGUGAUGCCCAAGGCAAGACGGAGGUCGUCUUCACUGGCGGCGAGACGCUGGCCACGGACCUGUACCUCCCCACGACGGGCCUGAUCCCCAACACCGAGUACAUCCCGUCGCAGUUCCUCGGCCCCGGCGAGGUCGCCCGCCCUGUCCUGGUCGACGAAUUCCUGCGGGUGCCGGAGACGGAGGAGGUGUGGGCGUGCGGCGACAUUGUGAGCAAGCCGCGCGCGGGCUUCUUCAUCACCCAGAAGCAGGCGAUUAGCGUGGCCAAGAAUGUGGAGGCCGCGUUGGCCGGGCUGAAGCCGACGGUCGCGAAGGGUCCGCCGAUGGAUAUCCUUGCGUGCGCGGUCGGCCGCGAGAGGGGCGUCGGGCGGAUCAAUAACACGAUCAAAAUGCCGAGCUUCAUGGUCUGGGCGGCCAAGGGGCGCACACUGGCGUUGCCGAUGGUGAAGACCUAUAUUGAUGGGAGUGUUGCCUGA